AAUCAAUAUGUCAAUUUGGUAAGCAGGGUCAUUUUAAGGAGAAGUUGUUUUUUUUAUGAAUAACUUUAUAUCAUAUCACUGCAAUAUAAGUUAUUUGAUCGUAUUUAUAUUAAAGCGUUUAGUAUGCCAUAUGCAAAUCAGCCAUCUGUUCAUAUAACAGAUUUAACAGAUGAUAAUUGUAAAUUUUAUAUAGAAGACACGGAUUUAAGUGUUGCGAAUAGCAUUCGCCGUGUCCUUAUUGCAGAAACUCCAACUUUAGCUAUAGACUGGGUAAAAUUAGAAGCUAACUCAACUGUUCUGAGUGAUGAAUUUUUAGCCCACCGAAUUGGAUUGAUACCCUUAGUUUCUGAUGAAGUUGUACAAAGAUUACAAUAUCCUAGGGAUUGCGUGUGUCUGGACUUUUGUCAAGAAUGCAGUGUUGAAUUCACUUUAGAUGUAAAAUGUACAGAUGAUCAAACUCGGCAUGUAACAACUGCUGAUUUUAAAUCCAGCGAUCCACGAGUCAUACCAGCAACAUCAAAACAUCGUGAUGACGAAUCCUCAGAGUAUGGUGAGACAGAUGAAAUUCUUAUUAUCAAAUUGCGAAAGGGUCAAGAGCUUAAAGUUAAAGCAUAUGCCAAAAAAGGCUUUGGAAAAGAGCAUGCCAAAUGGAAUCCUACAUGUGGUGUUGCUUUUGAAUAUGAUCCUGAUAAUGCUAUGAGACAUACAUUAUUUCCUAAACCAGAUGAAUGGCCCAAAAGUGAAUACAGCGAGUUAGAAGAUGAUCAAUAUGAAGCUCCAUAUAACUGGGAAUUAAAACCUAACAAAUUUUUCUACAAUGUGGAAGCUGCUGGAUUGUUGAAACCAGAAAAUAUUGUCAUCAUGGGUGUAGCUAUGUUAAAAGAAAAACUGUCAAAUUUGCAAACACAACUCAGCCACGAACUAACACCAGAUGUUUUGGCCAUUCCAAUUUAAGAAGAUACACACAAUCAUAUGGUCCAUUUACCUACAUUUAUACAUUUUUUUAUAAUACAUAAGUUUUACAGUAUAGAAACAAUUUCUGAUGUGUUAAUUAAAGAUCUUGUUCAAAUAGACUAGAAAUAAAAUUUUGAAUCCAAUUUCUACAUACUCAAUCUUUAAAUUGAACCACCAGUUAGAAGGGAAUGAAUCCAAAAAGUAGAUUUUCGGGAAAUUAAUAAAAACUGUUUAUUCGUUAUAUUUAAUUUUGUAAAACAAUCCAUCGAUUUUCAUUAUCUGAAAAAUGAUAAAGAAAAUCUUGGAUUUAUUCUUAUUCCUUUCUUACAACUUAUAUUUUUUUGACAUGAAUAAAGACACAAAAUUGUAUGACAA